AAGGCGGCACUCUGGACUUUGCAGUUCACUGCGCAUGCGCGUCAUCACUCCGCUGAAGAGGGAGACAUGGCGACGUCCCUGAUCUGCAGCCGUCUGACGGCUAGCCUGAGACAUUCAGGGGCCAGAAACACCAUCAGCUCCGCUUCCAAGAUUCUCGGUGGUUCUUCGGGUCUGUUCGGAGGCCAUGUGCCCCAGCUGCAACAGCAGCAGCAGAGGAACCUCUCCCUACACGAGUACAUGAGCAUCGGGCUGCUGAAGGAGGCCGGCAUCGCUGUGCCGGACGGCUUGGUGGCCAGCUCCUCGGAUGAAGCCUACUCUGUGGCCAAGCAGAUCGGUUCAAAGGACCUGGUGGUGAAAGCUCAGGUGCUGGCUGGUGGCAGAGGAAAGGGGACAUUCGAGGGCGGACUGAAGGGAGGAGUAAGGAUUGUCUACUCGCCAGAGGAGGCCCGUGACAUUACAUCCCAGAUGAUUGGGCGAAAGCUGUACACCAUACAGACCGGAGAGGCGGGUCGUAUCUGCAACCAGGUGUUCAUCUGCGAGCGCAGGUACCCACGCAGAGAGUACUACUUCGCCAUCACCAUGGAGAGGUCCUUCCAGGGCCCCGUGUUGAUUGGCAGCUCGCAAGGUGGCGUGAAUAUUGAAGAUGUUGCAGCCGAAAGUCCAGACGCUAUUGUGAAGGAGCCCAUCGACAUUGUGGAGGGCAUCAAGAUGGAGCAGGCUGUCAAGGUGGCUCAGAAGAUGGGCUUCCCGACGGCGCUGGUGAACGAGGCGGCGGAGAACAUGAUCAAACUGUACAAUCUGUUCAUCAAGUACGACGCAUCCAUGAUCGAGAUCAACCCCAUGGUGGAGGACGCAUCUGGCAUCGUGAUGUGCAUGGACGCCAAGAUCAACUUCGACUCCAACGCAGAGUACCGCCAGAAGAUGGUGUUCGACAUGCAGGACUGGACCCAGGAGGACCCUCGGGACCGGCAGGCCGCCAAGGCCGACCUCAACUACAUCGGCCUGGACGGAAGCAUUGGCUGUCUGGUAAAUGGAGCCGGUCUCGCCAUGGCCACCAUGGACAUCAUCAAACUCCACGGUGGCACUCCAGCCAACUUCCUGGAUGUCGGAGGAGGAGCCACAGCUCAUCAGGUGACCGAGGCCUUCAAACUCAUCACCUCUGACAGGAAGGUUCAGGCCAUCCUGGUCAACAUCUUCGGAGGCAUCAUGAGGUGUGAUGUCAUCGCCCAGGGCAUCAUCAUGGCUGUAAGCGAGCUGGACCUCAAGAUCCCCAUCGUAGUGCGGUUACAAGGAACGAGAGUGGACGAUGCCAAAGCUCUGAUUGCUGCCAGUCCGCUGAAAAUCCUGGCCUGUGACGAUCUGGAUGAGGCCGCCAAAAUGGUUGUAAAGCUUUCUGAAAUCGUCUCGCUAGCUAAGGAAGCUCAAGUGGACAUCACCUUCCAGCUGCCCAUCUAAGAAAGAAACUCCACCUUUGACCUCCAUGACCUCCUCACCCCAAGCACUUCCUCUGUCACACCCAAAACCGCCCACCACUCCACCCUGACAAACAGACCGCAAGACGAGCCUCUCGCACCUGAGAGGAGAUUAGAGACGCGUAGUUUUCUCCUUCUUACUCUGUGGCAUGAUGGCACGACUCUGUACAGGUGUCCGACAGGUAGACCACAACAGGCUUCACUUAGAGAGAGAAAGGCCUCGUUUUUAGUUGCAAUGGGAUCUCCGUUUCCCCUCUCCACGUUUCCUCAAACCCACUAACUUAAGUUGCACUUCAGUCGAUACGCACAAACCUCCACUUUUAUCUCCUUCACACACGAUGAACCGGUCUGCUUACUUCAGCACUUGUUGGGAAAUGUUCCUUUGCCCUUUUUAGAAAAAUAAAAGCAGACCAGCUGAAGCAUUUUCAUGUGAAGGAAGCUGCUUUCGCUCUCAUUAUUUAGUGGUUUCAUUUCAGUUAAAAUGAAUAGUUGAGACAGCGGCCACACUGGCUGGUGAUUGGUGCUGUUACAUCACGUGGGUGCAAAAGGAUGACUGGAAAGGCAUCAGGAGAAGGAUUGUAAUCCCAUUACUUUCAUAAACACACAUAGCUUUGCAUGAGUGCCUUUUAAGCAUGUUGUCUCUAAGUAGGAAUGUAACAAAAUAAAGAACAGAUUUGCUCCCUCUGUGUAGAACAUUGAAGUAUUUCCUCAAACCCACAAAUCAGUGCUGAAAACACACAAACAAAAUGACUGAGCUGUGUCUCCGUCAAGUACAAUGAACAACACUGCAGCAUUGAUUUAAUAAUAGCUUUCAGACAGAAAUUGCUUCAGAGAAUGAGCUGUUUUCUCCUGCAGACGCCUCCACGUUAUGUCUUCCCCUCCUAUAGAAGCCCUCCAUUAUGCUGUGAUGACAGUGAAAGCGUUCACUGGAUUCAUUUAUUUAAAUAUGUAACUGAAUUCAGGCUCAUUUUAAAGCAUGUAGAGGAAUUUGUUAAAAGCUUGGUUCCCCAAAAGCGUGAUCUCAUUUACCUCUUAGUGUUAUCUAUCCAUGCAGAUAGUUUGGGAUUCAUUUGUCCAGGUUUUGAGAUUUCUGCCUCCAUCUGGUUACUGUGGAGGUGAAUGGACUUUAGUGUGUUGAGAAAUGACAUCCACAGACGUCUCCGUCAGCAGUUUUUGCCGAAACUUAAUUUCUACCAAACACUAAUAUCAGCAGGUUGAGGCAGAAAUCUCACGGCCUAGACAAAUGAAUCCCAAACUAUCUGCAUGGAGGUUUGGGAGAAAUGUAUUUUGUUAUUUUUGGACACAUAAAGUGAAGACUGUCAAGUGGAAAUGAUAAAACUGUUGCUUUCCUGCUUGUUUAGUUCUUUGGUUAGGAAAGACAAUCGUAACAAAACACUCAACCUUCUCUUGAAUCAAUCGUGGCACAUUUUUUCAGUUGUACUUUUAAUUAAAUGACCAAAAGACAAAAUGUUACACUCAGCUCAGUUGCUAAAUCUUUGAGAGAUGGACAUUCAUAAAUUGAGCUACUGAAAAAUGGUCAAAGCUGAACCUAAAGAGAAGCAAAAACUGGAUCCAGAGUUUAUAAAAUGCUCCCAAACUCCAGCUUUAGUUGUGAUUGUUGGCGGUUCAGCCUGACAGCACCAAACCUCCCAGCAUGAAGUCCCCAAUGGAUAAGGACUGCAGCGUUAGCAUGGCUCACAUUGUUUACCCGCAGCUUUGAACAGGCCACAUUUGUCAUUCUAAAAUAUUAGCUGUGACACCUGCGGACUCGGGCUUAUUGAUCGUUGCAGAGAUCUGUGGCGAGUAUUGAUGGAACGGUCCUGGGGUUUCCGUUCUGCCUCGGCUGUGGCGAAGCUUCUUGUGUGGUCAUGUUGAACAGAGGUGAUACAUCUCACAUGUUUAAAUGAGUCAGAUGAAUUAUUCAGUGUUCCUGUUGUGGAGCUCAACUUUCCCAGAGAAAAAGCCCCAAGGGAAAAACUAAAAGUUGAGUCGAGCGAGCGUUAAAUCAGCACGGUGUGACUUUGUCUCGCACUGUUAAAUAAGGAAAAGGAUGCUCUUUCUUCCCCGGUGAUAAUUUGCAAACCGCUGUAGCAUGAGCCCAUGUGCAUCUUCUCACUGUCAUCACAAAAGGAAUGUCAUGACCCCCUUCUUGCUUAAGUGAAGCAUGCUUUAUUCUGUUAGCUAAUGAGGGCGGACUGGACGUCUGAGGUGCAGGCUGAUGUUCUCAUCUGGUUCUCCAAUCCAAGCCUAAAGAGGCAGGUUUAUCGUCCUGUUGGAGGCAGCCAUUGUAGAAGUCCCACUAGACCUUUUAAGGUUUUUCUCUUCCAUUGCAUGUUGAAAGCUACAAGAAACGCGGACAGCUGGAGUCACUGGAGAUUUGUGUUUCUGUGUAUUUAUUUUAUCCUACUGAAUCCCCUUUCUUUGAAGAAUUGCUUCAGGGUUGAACAGGAACUUCUGCAAUGGCUUCCACUGUAUGUUCAGACUGCCAUCAUGCCACACUGCGGUAGCCAUUUACUCUUUCUUUGUUUCUGUAUGUAAUGUCAGACAUCUGGUUGGGCUGUGACCUCUCACAAGAACGGUAAAAUUACUGUAGUUGUUUCUUUUCCCUCCUCCUCCUCCUCUUCCUCCUCCUCUUCCUCUUCCUGCAGCGCUCCGAACACAAGCCGACAUUGUGAGUUGUACGUCAUUUAUUAUAUCUUGUAAAUAACCAGACUGAUGUUCUCUCUCUGUAAGAUAUUUAUGCUCCUUGCAAGGAGUGAGACAAAGGAAGAAAAAUAAAUAAAUAGAGAGAACACCAA